CGUCAGUCUGCGCGCAGAUUGCUUACUGAGAUUAUAUAUACUACAUAUAUUAUAGAUUUUCAGUACUGGCAGUGAAUACAGAACGCAGUUGCAUAAGUAUAUAUUGUAUUAUAUGAACUUAUUUAGAUUAUCUCGAGAAGCAGCAAGACAAUUAUGUCUGGAUUUAUUACCCUAUCUACCUCCGAAAAGAAAAGCAAUAACAAUUCCUCCUGAAUUAAAGAUUUUAACAUGUCUAAGUUUUUUCGCUUCUGGCUCAUAUCAACGUCGUAUCGGCCAGGAUUUUCUGUCAUGUAUGUGCCAAGCGUCGAUAUCUGGAACGAUUCAUAGCGUUGUACAAGCAUUAAAUCAAAUUAUGAGACAAUGGAUUCAAUUUCCAAUAGAGGAUUUUGAUAUAGAGUUUUUGAUUCACUGUAAUUUCCCGGGAGUAAUAGGUGCUACAGAUGGUACACAUAUAGCUAUUUGGCCUCCAGAGAAAGAAAGGGAACAUUUAUAUAUAAACCGGAAAUUAUAUCAUUCACCAAGUGUCAUGAUAGUUAGCGAUUUCAAUGGAAAAAUAUUAGCAGUCAAUAGUGCACAUGGAGAAAAACUCACGAUUCACGUGUGUGGAAUACUUCAGUUAUAUCGUUACAUUUAGAACAACAAUUUUUUAAUGGAAGAAGAAAUUUUUGGCUAUUAGGAAAUUCAGGAUAUCCAUUAUUACCUUACCUCAUGACCUCAUGAAAUUAAGGCAACGUCCAGGAACACCAUCAAGUCGUUACACUGAUGCUCAUAUAAGGACUCGAAGUAGCGUAGAACGAGCUAUUGGAAUGCUGAAAGGUCGGUGGAGAUGUCUCAGAAAAGAAAGAACUUUGCAUUACUCUCAGAAUUUGCUGGUAAGAACUAUAUAUUUGUACAAAUAUACAUACUUUUAUAUAUUUUUAUAUAUUACAUUUAAAUUAUUAAAAUAUUAAUAAAUGUUAUGAUUUCAGCUCUUAUUAUUAACGCUUGCUUCGUGUACAGAAUAUUGCCAAAUUUUAUAAUGUUCAUCAGCCGGAGAUUUAUUUUGAUGAAAUAGAUAGAGAGCAAAGAAAUAUAAUAAUUAAUGACCAAGCAAACAAUGGCAACGAAAUUCGAGAAAAUAUCAUACGCUUACAUUUUACUUAAAAAAACAAAUAAAUGGGACAAAUUAA